CGAUCCCCUCAUUGCUCCAACGACAACCUUCCUCUCAGUGGACACAUCCUACCAUACAGCAUCACGCACCCCCCCCCCCCGAAGUACCUAGUUCCACAAUCGAUAUUGACGGACUGGGCUGCUCAGCCUGAAAGCACCGCCUCACCACAGGUGGCUUUCCCCCCCCCUCCAGUCCCUCCAAUCAAGCCCAACAUUGAGCCUAGUGGCACUUACCCUGCAACCACCAAACCGCCCGACCUGCUGGAAUAUCCCCCGUAAAAUCCGCACGUCAUGAAUCACGAUAGUUUUUCUUCCCUCAAAUUUCGACGACCGUCAAGCAAGCUUCACAAGGACCCUCCUAGUAUCGGUUCCCGCAUGCUUAAGAGUCAGCAGAGCAACACGUCACUUAAACGACACCCCUCAGCGCCCGUGUAUCCGCGUUCUUCUGCCAGCAGAAGCCGAGAACAUUCGCGCACGAGAUCCAACGCAUACGGCUCUUCUACAUCCUCUCUGGAUCAGAACAGUGGUGGGCCAUCCCCAGUUCUUGCAAACAACGAAUCUGGCUAUUUCUCUGGUAACCACAACACCACCAAAUCCCGUCCGCCCCACUCGGGACGGUUCUCACUCAACGCUCAAAGCUCAGAUGAAUUGAUCGGUGCCCCGUUUGAUUCACGGGGUAUGCUAAGUGCUUUGCAAGAAAACACUGCCGAGUCCGACAGACAACCAACCCAGAAACCUCCGACGUUACGGUCUCAGACAGCCCCCGACACUCGAGGACUCAGACAAUCCGCUAGCUUCACCGCUCUACACAACCGUAUGGACGCCCUAGUAAAUAGAACGGAUAGCGAUCGCUCGACGAAUACUAAGCGAUAUUCCGAUGAGGGAAAUGGCACUAAACCGGUUGGGCGAAGUAAGAAGGCCAGCUUCUCCAGCUUCGUCAACAGCAUGCUAGGUUCUCCUCGUGGUAUUAAGAUCUCUGCACCGGAGAAUCCCGUCCAUGUCACACAUGUCGGCUACGAUAACCAGACGGGCCAGUUCACGGGCCUGCCUAAAGAAUGGCAACGCCUGUUACAGGAAAGCGGUAUCUCAAAGAAGGAGCAGGAAGAACACCCGCAAACUAUGGUUGAUAUUAUGAGAUUCUACGAGAAGAAUGCGCAAGGAGACGAUGAGGUCUGGCACAAGUUUGACCACGCAUAUGCCCAUCAUCAACCAGUUACCACUGCCUCAUCGCAGCCCAGCUCUGGUGGCUCGACUCCCUAUGGCACUGUGGGCCAGCGAGCCUCAUCUCCCACAAGCCCACGUUUCCCACAAAACCAUGAGGGGAGUUUUGAAAACCCAAGAGCGCCACCUCCGAUUCCCCGGGGCGCUCCAGCGGCAACCCAGGCUAUGUCACCCCCAGUUGGUGGCCUUGUACCCAACCGAGCCCCUCCAAGACCCCCAGCUGCCGCUAAUAUGACGCCCGCCCGCCCUGCUCCUCAGCCCCCAACUACUGCUUCAUACGCUACGACAAGACCAGCACAGGAUCCCUGGCCUCAGUUUGGAACGAUCCCGGAGAAUGCUCAGCCGUUCGGCACACCACCCAUACCGGAAUCCGAGCCCUUACCGUCUGGGCCGCAGCUGAGCAGAUCAAACUCUAAGGCUAACGGCACAGUUGCUCCAUGGGUGUCACCAGCUGUGGCCUCCACGCCAACACAGUACCAACAACAACAGGAGCAGGCAAUGGCCGCAGCCCAACAGGCAAUUGCAGGCAAGCAACUUGACCGCAGUCAAAGCCUACGCCAGCAGCAGGCACAGCAGCCAAAACAAAAACAAGCAACGCAACCAAUUCCACAACAGGUGUCGCCCGUGGAGGAUCCAUCUGCUGCGCAUCAGCAAGGCGCUCGUGCCGUUCCCGCUGCUCGCCCACGGCAACGAGCUCGCCAGAGCAAUGCCAUGGAUAUACGGUCACGACUAGUCGCCAUUUGCACUCCUGGCGAUCCAACUAAGAUGUACUACAACCUGAACAAGAUUGGCCAGGGUGCUUCUGGUGGCGUAUUCACCGCGUACCACAAUGCGACAGGCAGCUGUGUUGCCAUCAAGCAAAUGAAUCUUGAUCUGCAACCGAAGAAGGAUCUUAUUAUAAAUGAGAUUAUCGUCAUGAAAGACAGUAAGCACAAGAACAUAGUCAAUUUCUUGGACAGUUAUCUUCAUGGUCUAGACCUCUGGGUGGUGAUGGAAUAUAUGGAGGGUGGCAGUCUUACCGAUGUGGUCACUUUCAAUAUCAUGAGUGAAGGGCAGAUUGCUGCCGUCUGCAGAGAAACUCUGAAUGGUCUACAGCACCUUCAUUCCAAAGGCGUAAUCCAUCGUGAUAUCAAAUCAGACAACAUUCUCCUGUCAUUGGAUGGCAAUAUAAAAUUGACCGAUUUUGGAUUCUGCGCCCAAAUCAACGACUCGCACAACAAGCGAAACACGAUGGUCGGCACCCCGUACUGGAUGGCUCCGGAAGUCGUUACGAGAAAAGAGUAUGGUCGAAAGGUUGACAUUUGGAGCUUGGGAAUUAUGGCCAUCGAGAUGAUCGAGGGCGAGCCUCCGUAUCUCACCGAGUCACCUCUUCGGGCACUAUACUUGAUCGCAACGAACGGGACCCCCACGAUCAAGGAUGAACAGAGCCUGACACCGGUUUUCCGAGACUUCUUGCACCUUGCACUGAAGGUCGAUCCUGAAAAGAGAGCCUCGGCCCAUGACUUGCUGAAGCACCCUUUUAUGUCUUUUUGUGCCCCUCUAUCCCAUUUAGCACCCCUUGUAAAAGCCGCACGGCUAAGCAGGGCCCAGGAGAAAGCCCAAAAAGGGGGUCAUUGAGCCUCUUCGCACUUAAUUGUCUCUAUAUACGUCGAUGUCUUCUGUCUUCUCCAGAUACCCAUUGCUCCUGAUGUUUUCUUAUAUCUUGCUGGGCCAUGAUAUGCUGCUGCUGCAUAAUGGCACAAUCUCUCGUGACGACCUCCCAUGCCCGUGUUUCUCUUCUGGAUCUAAAUCUCAUAGAUGGCGAUGAUUGAUGGCUUUGCGCUUUCUUCUUUCCUGCUGUGACGGGGCUUACGAAAAAAAAAAUUCCGCACCUUAUCUCACGUUCGAAUAUAUCCUCUUACUGUGAUGAUGUUUCCUCACACACCUCACUCUUUUUAUUUGUAUCAUCACCGAUGUUGGGAUGAUGGAAAAUACUGUAAAUCCUAUAUGGGGUGCCCUUCGUUUAUUGUUACUGGCCGGUAAUUCUACUUUCUGGGCCGGCGGGAUUGAAAGCUAGGGCUCGCGGGACAUGACCCUUCAUAAUGAAUGAGCAUACGUUUGGGAAGAAUAACCCAGACUUAAGCGGCACAUACGAAGGCACGGCUGGGCCUCUUGCCGGUUUAAUAUAUGAUUUCUUUUUCACUUAUCCUCAUAAUGAUAGCGAGAGCCUGGCUGUUUAGAUAUUAUUUAAAAUAAGAAGAGGGUGGAUUCUUCCUGGUGUCUCCCCUAUUAACGAACUUGAAGAUGGAU